GAGGCAGUACAUGUGGGAGACGGUGUGUCCACCCAGGAUCCCCCUUCUCUGGUACUGGACCUGGACCGGGCCGGAGGCAAGCUGAGCGGGAGGGGAUGGAGGGGGGUGGGUCGUGCGUUUGAGGGGAUGGAGAGGGGGCUGGUUGGCGUGACGACGGGGUGAAAGGGGCCAGGUGAGGAGGAGACGUGGGAGUCUCCUCUCUCUCUCGCUCUCUCUCUCUCUCUCUCUCUCUCUCUCUCGGUCUGUCUGUUACGUUGCCGUGCGUGACUGUGAGAAGGAGCGACAGUGAGAGAGGUACAGGUUUCCUUCAGCAAACCGGAACCUGCACAAGAGGACGCAGAGCCUUCCAGAUGGAGCUUACUGCAGCCUGAGGUCGCGCUGGAGAGAGAGGGACGCCCUCCUCACCUGCUCCCGCUCCCCUGAGCUCCUGCAGCGGAGGAUGGGUGAUGGGCCUGUGGCCCUGAGCGGACCCUCUCCCGUGAAUCCUGUCCUCUCAUGGAGCGUCCUGCGGCACCGAGCCCCCCCCAGAGCCCCCCCCUCCUCCACCUCCCCACUCCCCUCGCCGCGCUGCACCUGAACGCCUCGGACGUGGCCCCGCCCCUCCCGGCGGCUCCGGGCGGCGUCGGCCUCAGCCAGCCGCUGGCCCUGUGCGCCAUGGUGGCCGUGGACGUGCUGGCAGUGGCGGGGAACCUGGCCGUGAUGGCCGCCAUCGCCCGGGCGCCCCAGCUGCGCAAGUUCGCCUUCGUGUUCCACCUGUGCCUGGUGGACCUGCUGGCGGCGCUGGUGCUGAUGCCGCUGGGGAUGCUGUCGGGCCGCGUGCUGGCCGGCGAGGCGCCGUGCAGGGGCUACCACGCGCUGAGCGUGGGCCUGGCGAGCGCCGCCAUCCUCACCAUCUGCGCCAUCAACAUCGAGCGCUAUUACUACGUGGCGCACCCCAUGCGGCACGAGGUCAAGAUGACGGUGGGGCUGGUGCGCGCGGUGCUGGUGGGGAUCUGGCUCAAGGCUGCGGUCAUGGCGGCGCUGCCUCUCCUGGGCUGGCUGCUGCAGGGGGACCCGGGCCCGGGCCUCCUGUCCCCUCACAGACACUGCUCCCUCCACUGGACCGGAGGCAGGACGGCGCGCCUGCUCUUCACGGUCUUCUUCGCGCUGAUUUACUUCCUGUGCCCCGUGCUGCUCAUCCUGGUCGUCUACUGCAACAUGUUCAAGUUGGCCCGCGUGGCCGGCACGCCGCGCGGGCCGCUGCCCACCUGGACGGGGGCGGAGGGCGCCCCACAGAGGAGCUUCGGCGGCGGGAAGGCCGCGGCGGUGCUGGCGGCCGUCGGCGGCCAGUUCAUCUGCUGCUGGCUGCCGUUUUUCUCCUUCCACCUGUACUCGGCGUCCGCGGCCGCGCCGCCGGCUGCCCUGGCGCGGCUGGAGGAGGCGGUCACGUGGAUCGGCUACUUCUGCUUCAGCUCCAACCCGUUCUUCUACGGCUACCUGAACCGGCAGAUCCGCGCGGAGCUGGGCCGCUGCCUGGCCCGCCUCCUCAAGCGGGCCGGGCCCGGCGAAGGCGAGCAGCUGCCCAGCCGCGAGGCCUCCAUCGAGGAGAACUUCCUGCAGUUCCUCCAGGGCACCGGACGCAAUCUGCAGCCCUGCAACUCCCACGGCAAGACGGGCCCGGAGGAGCGGCAGAGCGAGCCCGUCCAGGAAUCAGCUGUUCGGCAGAGCACGCCAGCUGACCUCCACGUCCCCGGGCAGAUCCUUGAGGAGACCUCAGAGUUCAUGCAGCAGCUGAACAAUGAGCUCCAUCGAGACAACUGCUGCAAAACUCUACCAGAGCUGUAGCUGCGUCCUGCAGCUGUUGCUCGUGUUUCCCAGCGACUGUAAUUAACCCACUGUUGCUUGUUAGCUACACGUGUUGCCGCGUCCCCCUCAUUUGCACUCCCAACAGCCACGAUGCCGCUUUCCGUGUGAUAUCAGCAGAUGGAUGCUCGGCCCGUAUUUGGUUACGGUUGGAUGAACGGCUGAAGAUGAGAAAGUGAAAGCUAAGGGCUAAAACUGUUUAUGGGAAGGUUGGAUUCUUUCAUGUUCUUUUUUGUCCGGUGUAUAUUCAUUCAUUCAUUCAGUCAUUCCUAGAUGUUAAGGGUAAAUUUAGUCAUUCAUUUAAGUUUUACUUUGAUAAGAAAAUGAGAACUGGUAAAGGAUCUAAUCCUCAUUCCCAAAUCAUAAAUUGCUAAGUUCUUCUGUCUGUGAAUGUUCAAAGCCCGUAGAACAUCAAGUGUUGGUUGUGUUGAGCAGCAUCAUUUCACAUCUGGUGCUGCGGCUGGUGUUUGUGCUAAACAGGCGGAUGCACCAGAGUAUUUUUAACCGUUUUCCAGGAACAUUAUUAUCCUGUUCUUGGUCUUGUGAUCAUCACCUCCUCGUCAAAUUCGCCUCACAUUGGUGGACUCGUGAUUUCCCCCCCCCGGCGCUCAAAGGGAAACACUGUGGCUGGAUUCAUCCGUGCGGUGGAGACGGUGCCCAGGCGAACGGAGCCGAUGGCAGUGUUUGCAGGUGAAUGCAGGCGCAGUGUGAGCGCUGUUGUGUUUGUGCUGUAAACAGCCGGCCUUGUUGUGGCUACACGGCGCAGAGGCGCAGUAGUGCUUACGCCAGCGCCGUGAACCUCCCCUUCGGAUCCGUUUAGCAGCCAGUGGAAGACAACAGCGAGGCUUUUGCUGAGCUCAGGUGGAACCCGGACGGUUACAACACUUAAUGACACACGACCCAGGCAAAAAAAAAAAAAACCUGAUGAAACGCGGUCUCUUUUUAUACUGUAUCUACAGAAUGGCCCAGAACCGAUCCUCUGCUGUCGGCGUGGUCAUGAGACGCUCGGCGAGGGGAACACAGCGAGUCUGUGUUUCACUGGGGGUCCGGACGAAAAAAGCUGCCUUUGUCAGCUGAGUUCUCCAAAGGUGUGAAAUCGCUGCUGACUGCUUUCCAGGCCUCGGUUGCUUUGAACGACAGCGCAGCGUUGUGGGGGGGCCUUGAUGUAUGCGAUGGAGCAGAUGAAGCACAACCCCACAGACCCUCAGUGUUUUACAAGAUCUAUGCAUUUUUUAUUUAUUGUUGGUAGUGUCAAAAGUAGAAAAAAACUUGUGUUUAAUUUAUUGUUUCACGCAGAUUUAUUCAAAACUUAUUAUGUUGAGUUUAAAAUAGCUCCAGUUAAGGGCUUUAAGGUGUUUCUCCACCACUGUGUGUUUUUCUGAAGUUAAAGGCAAAAAGCAGGUAUUUGUUAUCUAUGCAGGUAAUGUAUCAACUUUCCUUUUUGUUUGUUUGUUUGAGUUUGAGUGCAUAAUACGUUUCCCCCCCCGUUUUAACAUUCUCCUGUGUUUUGGUCCGUUGCCUACCAGCUAAAACGAUUAAAGACGUAGCAAGCGA